AUGAAAUUACGCUAUCUGUUAUUCAUCAAGCUAUUCAUUCUUGUCAGGACCGAUGUGAGAACAGUUACUACACCAUGGGGUAUGGUCAAGGGUGAAACAAUUAUACCUGAAGGUGAAGAUCUUCCUCCAGUUGCCCAAUACCUCGGAAUUCCUUAUGGCGUCGCUCCUACUGGUCAGUAUCGGUUCAACAUGGCGAUUUCGGCGGCGAAAUGGACUCAUAUGCCAAAAGAUGCUCGAAAAUUGCCACUCGUUUGUAUUCAGACAGAUUUGCCCAAGCUCAGCGAAACGAAAGCUUUCAAACAUACAUCGGCACAACGAUUUGAUUUCACUCAUCGUGUUCUUCCAUUUCUCAAAAAACAAUCUGAAGAUUGUUUAUUUAUGAAUAUCUAUGUUCCAGAGCGAUUGGAAAGUUCCCAACGGGAAAACUUGCUUCCUGUGAUGGUUGUAGUUCACGGGGAUGAAUAUGGUUGGGGAGCUGGAAACGCAUUUAAUGGAAGUACUCUUGCUGCAUACGGUCACAUUAUAGUUGUAACGCUCAAUUAUAGAUUAGGCGUUUUUGGAUUUAUGGGUAGAUGUGAAACUUCUUCGUGCGCUGGUAAUAGUGGUAUUAGCGAUUUGGUUUCUUCUUUAACUAUGCUCAAUGUUAUUCUUCCAUCUUUUGGAGGCGAUCCAAAAUCAGUUACAUUAGCUGGAUGGGGUUCGGGUGGAGCUUUGGUUUCCUUGUUAAUGGCUUCUCCAUUAACUCAACCAGGAAGGAGGCUCUUCAGAAGGGCGAUUUUGCUGGACGGAACAGCUCUUUCGCCAUGGGCCAUUUCCCAAAAUCCUCAACAAUACUUUAUGCAACUUGCUCAACAGUUAGAAUGUGCCCCUUCGAAUAAGUCAUCGACAUUCAAUGACAACGUUGAUACAAUUGUGCGAUGCAUGCAAGUGCAUUCAUCUGAAAACAUCACAAAAGCUGUACAGAAAAUUGAUGUCCCAACGUUUCUUUCUGGCUUUGCACCAAUUGUUGACGGACAACUGAUUCCUAAUAAACCACAAAUCUCUUUUUCGGCUCAGUUUGGAAGUUUGUUUCGUGAAAUAGAUUUAUUGGUUGGAAUCAGUUCGAAUCCCGCUCACCGAAUGAUUUCAAACGAUGAUUUGAAAAUGGGAAUUUCGAAAGAUAAAAGAAUGAAAGUCUUCAGAUCACUAGUUCGCAAUUUGUAUGACUACCAUAGGGAAGAAAUUCUUGCCGCAAUUAUAAACGAAUACACGGACUGGGAUAAUCCAAGAGAUCAUCCAAAAUCAAUUCGGAAUGGGGUUAUUAAUGCAUUGAGUGAUGUUCUGUUCACAGCACCAUUAGUUGAGACUCUUCGAAUGCAUAGCGGAGAAGAUUCGCGCAGAGAAUCCAACACAUUUAUGUUUGCUUUUGCUCACGAGACUAGAUCAUGGAUGCAAGAACAACCGAAUAAUGGAAUUCGAGGCUCGUUAUCUGGUGACAUUGUUCCUUACAUUUUUGGUUACCCUCUAUUCCAAGGAAAUAACGACAACAUGCUAUAUUCUGGUUUUAAUUCUGAUGAUAAAGGAAUUUCCAAAGUAAUGAUGCAUUACAUCUCAAACUUUGUGAAAUCUGGUGACCCAUCAAAACCUCAAUCAAUGGCCAAAAAUUUUCCUAUGGGUGAAAGUUUUCAUUCUACUGCGUGGCCACAAUUUGAUCAACCAAAUCGAGAAGCUUACUUAGAAAUAACGGAUCGCCCACGCGUCAAAAAUUACUAUCGAAAUGCUCAAGUUGGUUUUUGGACAAGCUUUGUUCCUCAAAUACACAGAAAAGGAAGAGAUACCGAAGAUGUUCCAGAGGAGCAUCAUCUGCUCAAUGAUCAUUUUAGAAAGGAUUCAUAUUUUGGAAAAGUACGCCAAUUUUCCACAUUUGCAAAUAUGCCAUUCCCUCCCCCACCGAUGCCCCCUUCGCCACCACCGGAAGUGACAAAUAAACCAAAAACCACGAAAGCACCAUCAGCUACUGCAAACCCCUCUGAUCACGAAAAAGUCCAUUCUGGAAAUUACAAUGGGAGUGCAUUAGCAAUCACAAUACUAGUUGGAUGCGCUUUCCUACUCUUGAACAUUUGUAUUCUUAUCGCAGUUCAGCGGGCGUGUUUGAAAAGAAGACGAAAUGAAAAAAAGUUCCAACUGCAAUAUCAGACCUACAACUCUAAUCAUGGGGCAAUUCCGGAGCAAUAUAACAGCUUGAAUUCACCAUUAUCGCUAAUGCCGCCACCUCCGCCACCAUUGACUUCAAUGGGUCAUUCAAAUCACGAUGACGUCUUUGAUCGACAUCGGUUGUCAAAUGGGACGUCAAUUCUUCAUGGGACACCAACUAUGCCAAGGAGAUCGUUUCAAGAGCAGGAGCCGCUGCUAGCAGCGUCACACAAAAACUCGACAAGUAUGCGUCCGCCAACAAUCUCGCCAACCUGCCCAAGGCACGGCCGCGCUGCAUUGGCAAUGCAGAACAGCAGAGGCAACAGCAUGUCAACAACGCAAGCGCCCACAUUGGAAGAAAUACAGGUCUAA